CCGGUGGAGAAAGAUUUCCAAAACAUUGUAUAAUCGACCGGAUAGAGGAUUUGUUGAUGGUGAUUAAAAAUGUUCUACCAUCGGCAUAUGCAAGGGGUUGCUUCGCUGGCUCGUAGCUUCAGCCGAAUCACGCUCACCGUGGAACGAUCACCGAAUGCUGUUUUGCCAUUAGUCGCCACUCCGAAUGGAUCAAAUGUCUCGGAACGGUUUGCGGUACCUAAACUACCAUCGCAACAGCUACGGCCACCUGCGAUGGGAGGACUCAAAAUUGCCAACAACAUACGGCGCAAUCCGUUGGUGCCACUGAAAGAAAUCAUCGACAUUCCGCUGGUUUCGCGGAUCAUAGAAAACCCUAUACCACGGCCGGGCACAGGCGAACCGAUCGGCGAUAAUUUGAACACUGUCCCGACACUCGACCUCCCCACGGGAAUCGUGCAGCAGGACGACCGUGGAAAGCAGGCCGCUCGUCUUAUCGUAAUCCGGAGGCGUAAAAUGCGCAAGCAUAAGCUAAAGAAGCUCCGCAAGCGAAUGAAGUUCGAGUGGCUGAAGGUUCGUCAAAGACGGGAACUGAGGAAAGAGAAACUGUUCCAGGCGGAGCUGAUCAACCAAAUAAAGGAGGCAGAAAAGUUUUCGGCCGAAGCGUACGUGGCCGAGAAGCUGCGCCUGGCAAAGACCACCCCGCUGCCACGGUUCUGGAAGGGAAGGCGAUUGCCAGAGUUCCUCAUCAAGCAAAAGUUGGGCAUUGAGUAGUGUGUAUCCGUUUUAUGAAAUACAGUGAGAUCGAAA